AUGUCUGCUCUUAAGCCAGGCUAUGGUUUGAAGCCAGUUAUAUAUGCCUUCCACAGUAAUCCAGCUACACCAAAGAAACCACCAAACAGAUUAUUUGUCUCAAUGGACACACACUUGAACAGGUCGAUGUCCUUGAGAGAGGUGGUCGAAGGUCGAAGGUCAAUCGAUGUCAAGGACUUUUUGAGGAAGAUCAACAAGGAUGGAGGAUACUCAACGACCUCCUAUGGUAAAAGAGAUAAGAGUUCGAAAUCGAAUAUCACAUACCCACUUGAAGAUUUGAAGGGAAUGAUGAAGCAGAAACACAAAUCAUUCAUCACUUGUGAUAACAUCGAGAACUACUUGAAUGAAAAAGACUUUGAAGAGUUAUUUGGAAUGAAUCGACAGAUGUUCAACCAAUUGCCUUUGUGGAAAAGAAAUGACCUAAAGAAAGUGCACAAACUCAUUGAAUGA